GUCAAUGGUUCUACAUGUCUAUGGUUUUCAUUUUGUAAACAUCGAAAAUUACCUAUACAAAUUUAAAUUAGUAAUUUUUAAGAUUCAUGAAAAGUUAUUGAAACUAAGAUGCUUUCCAGGUUAAGAAUUAAGCGUGAUCUUAAACUUUUCGUGCGAUGUUUAUCCGAUAAACCUCCAGAACACGACGCUAAGAUGCCGGAGAUCAAACAAAAAGAUCAGAAAGAUGAAAAGAAAGAGGCUGGAACAGAGUCUAGUACCGAAAAGAUUCAAGCUCUUCUGAAACUAAUGAUGGCUGAGCCCAAGAUGUCUGAUAGUGAGUACCGUGAGAAGUUCACCACUGCGCCAGAGAGACCAAAACGGCCAAAACCAGACGUAAUUGAAGUGAAAAUGGAGAAAAUUGAGGAAAACAUCACAAAAGCUGCAUCCGAGGUGGCUCAGGUGAUUGGAGGCAACGUCAAACAGACAGAAGCAGAAUUGCUUUCUAGAGUUCUAGGCAAAAUCAACCAAACCUCUACUACACUCAGUGAUUUGAUAGUAGGCAUGAAAGUGGACAGAUCACAGGACAGCGAGGAGCCCGUGGCUCGGGAGACGAGGGGCCAACAAGUGAAACGUUUAGCAGAGAAGUCCAGAGCAGAGACACAGAGAACUAGGUACGACCAGAGAAGACAACCGCAAGAGGAACAAAGACCAACACAAAGGAAAAGCUUACCUCAAGCUAAUACCAUCAACAUUUUCAAUGGGGAGCCUCUAGGUAUUUUCAAAGCAAAGGGAGCAAACUAUGGGACAAGGCUAGAUGUAUGGGAGCAACUCAACCAAAGGGAGCUGAUGUUAGCAACGUCGCAGCCUCCAGCCAACUACUACCAGAAGAUGAUAAUGUGGACUGAGCAAGGCAAAGUGUGGAAAUUCCCUAUUGAUAAUGAACAAGGAAUGGAUGAAGAGAAGAAUGUCCACUUUUCUGAACACAUAUUCAUAGACACACACCUAGAAGGCUGGUGUCCCACCAAGGGACCGAUACGACAUUUCAUGGAACUAGUCUGCGUAGGCCUUUCCAAGAACGCCUUUUAUACAGUGAAGGAAAAGAUAGAUCACAUCAUGUGGUACAAAGAGUACUUCGAAUCGAAACAGGAUAUGCUGAAGGAAAUGGGUGUUUGGGAGACGAAACCUAGUACUGAAACUAGUGAAGCCACUGUAUAGAUGUUAUAAGUUAUUAUUGUUAGAUUAUAGAUUAAAUGAGUUUAAGCUGUA